UUUAAACAGAUGCAAUCUCCAAACCUAUCUAAUAAUGGAUCUUUGUUCUCCUUUAACUUCCAGGAUAUUUCCAAAUCAAGUAGCAUUGGUAUGCAAAGCAGUCCAAGACAAAGCCCUAGACUAGUUUCUAGAUCUGACUCUAUUCCACAGAGAAGAGAGCUGGGUGAGCUGAACCCGUCCUUGUACAGGUCUGUGAGUUUAGAUUCCCAGGAGUUCUUUGGGACGGAGGAAGGACCUCCAGGACGGGUUUAUAUCAAGAUGAAAUACAGCGUUGAAACUGAAAAUCUGGACAUAUUUUUAAACAAAAUUAAGUGCUUCAAGAAAACAUCUUUACAGGGUUCCAAAGCAAGUGUAAGAUUAAAACUUCUUCCUGAUGACAGACGUUGCCUCACAUCUAAACAGUUGCUGUUUACAGAGGACUCUGCUCUGCUUUUUAAAGAAAACUUUCAGUUUCAUGUGAAUAAAUCUGAUCUUGCUAACAGAACACUGGACGGAGAAGUAGAGAUGAAAUCGCGAGGAGAUAAAAAGGGAAAACCAUGCUACUGGUUCCAGAAGAAGCUGGCAGAAAUAGAAAUAGACGAAUUGACAGAAUCUUUCAGUAUGACAUGUUUAAGAGUGGAUAUGUUUUCAACUAAACCAGUUGAGCUGGGUGGAGGGAUAAAACUAAGAACAUCCCUGGCGUACAACCCAGAUCUUGAGAGAUUAACGCUAGCUGUUUUUCAGUGUCAGGGAAUCAAGGACGAAGAAGAUGAACCCUUGGACACCUAUGUAAAGGUUUCCCUCACCCAAAACUUGAAAGUUGUGAAGUCCAAAAAGUCAGACCUUUCAAAGAAAAGUAACAGUCCGUCUUUUGACCAAAGAUUUGAUUUUAAGGUGGAGAAUAGCAAUCUUCAAUGCACCUCCAUUUUCGUGCAUCUGAAAAUAAGCAAACGAUCAUUUAAAAGAGAGCGCAUUCUGGGACAAAUUAUCAUUGGUCCAAAGAUGUUUGCACGUGGUUCAGGACUCAGCCAAUGGGAGCUCGCCCUUGGAAGCCCUAAAGAACAAAUCUUUAUCUGGCAUGAACUGUCAAAACCCACCACCGUUAGCAGUAGCGUAUAAACGUAAUAGGUAUUUUUUCAAAGGCAUUCCCCAGACGGCAUUCUCUCCGGAGUAUUUUUAACUUGUCACACAGCAUGCAACUGUGCAAUUUCCCAAGUGGCAACUUUCACGCAGAUUUCGGCCCCAAAGCCUUUCUAGAAGCAGCGUUUGGCUCCUUCACAUCGUAGUCGCAGCGUUGGCGCCUCUGAGGGCCUAACCUAACCUUUGUGGGGUUGCCACUUGGGAAAUUGCACGUUUGGGAAGUUGCUUCUUGGGAAAUAGUCACUUGAUUUUAUAGAAACGAAGAGGUAAAGCUUACUUCAGAUGUACACAACCAAGGUUAAUUGCUGUUGCGUAUCCUCUGCGUACAUAUUGAAACCAGUUCUCUCUGGGCGGUGUUUGUAAACAAGAACAGAUGCAUCAGUGCUCUCAAGGGCGGAUCCAGCUUUUUAAAAAGUGGGGGUCAAAGUCUGAAUAAUGUAAGGUAUAGUACCGAGCGAGGGGGGGUGCAGGGGGGCUGAUAAUUUUGUUAAUAGAAAUAAGCAUCAAAAGUGAGUAUUUUAAGUGCUCAAAACAGAAAAUUACUCUGAAAGUAUGUAAAACUGUUUCUACCUUGGAGCUGCACUUACAAUAUCUUCACUCAGACAUACUACUCUAUAAAAAAUUAUCUUUACAUUUCCAUUUGCAUUACAUAAUUUCUAAUUACAAUUUUACCUAUUGUUUAAAAUU